UUCCAUGAGUGAGGUUUCGCAUAUACACAAUGUUUGUUUUGUGAUCUUUGAAGAAGAGGAAGUUGAUGCAAUUUUAGUGCGGAGUUUCAUCUGUCCUUUAGUUCAACAAUUAAAAAAAAAUGGCAGCCCUUCAUACUCUAAAGGUGUUCAUAUAUUGUGUGUCAUUUUUGUUUUGUUUCCCGAUAUCAAUAAAAGGUACGUUGCUUGAGUUUUCAUUGACGUAAACGGAAAUUUUUUGUUUCGCCUGAACGAAUCACUUUUCCUGUUGGUCUGUUGGUUUGGUAAGCCCUUUCACAAUUGGCGGUGUGACUGCUUACAACCGUGGCGACUGUGACCAAGUGAUUGCAACCGAUCGCAAUAGCAAUUGUGAAAGCCCCUUUGGUCUGUUUGGUGAGGUGGUUCAUAUCACAGUUUUGACCAUAGGAUAUACAGCUAUCGAAACAUCCAGUAAUGUACAGUACCAAUGUUACCGCAGUGAACCAGAUGAGAAUGCCACAUUGUCAUUUGGACGAUCUGCACCCAUAACAACAGAUACACCACCACCCUCAGCAACGAAUCACCCUAGUGAUGGAGAUGUAUUGUUGGUCAAAUUCUCUGAACAUGGGGAUACUUGGCAUACAGCUGGUUUUGGUCCCUUCUACUGUGAGGCUGCUAAGGAUGCUCGAGAUGUAACAAGGGUCACUACAUUUUUUCAGAGAAGUGAUGCUAAAUUUAUACCAAGUGACGGAGUGUUUACAAAGGCAGUCUAUGUGAAUGACACAGGAGUUGUGAUCUCAAUGAAUAAUCGAUACCAACCUGAUGAUAAUGGCAAUGUGAUUACAUGGAGGAAAGAUGGUGGUGAUGUUCUUACACAAUUUGAGGGACAGACAAGUAUCAACUUCCCAAACCCAAUCGAGAUAUCAGACCAAGGGAUCUAUGAGAUCUACUAUCAUGGCGAGAGAUAUCAAAACAGAGGAGGAAUUUACCGACUCAUUGUCAGAGAAUGUCCUGCAGGUAGGUGGGGUCCACCUGAAUGCUAUGGUAUCUGUGAUAAUUGUUACAAUGGUGGAGUCUGUGAUGACAAAUCUGGUCUUUGCAUCUGUCCUAACAACUUUAUGGGAGAUAAUUGUUUGAAUAUUUGCAGCAACACACAUGGGAAUAGAUUUGGAUUAGAAUGUGAGUAUAGAUGCUCCUAUAGAGAUGACAAUGUACCUUAUUGUCGAGGGAACCUCUUUUGCUUACCUAAUCCAUAUGGAUGUUCAUGUGAUGUUGGUUCUCGAGGUCUUGCAUGUGACAGCGAUUGUGAUGCUGGCACAUAUGGCCCGGGAUGCUCACAAACAUGUCACUGUGCUGAUGUAUCAUCAUGUAACUCUUUUAGUGGAAUAUGUACUACAGGUGGAUGUCAGUCUAGCUGGUCAGGGAACAAUUGUCAAAUACCUGAUAUAUGUGAGGCUGGUUACUAUGGAUCUCAAUGUAUUGAUCAAUGUCAUUGCAUGGAUGAUGUAUCAUGUGAUAAAACAACAGGAGCAUGUCCUCAGAAGUGUGCCUUAGGAUACAGCGUACGUGAUGGUCAGGAAAAUUGUCAAGAGUGUGAAGGAGGAACCUUUGGUCUGGAUUGUCUUCAGCAAUGCCACUGUGCUCAAGAAGCAUGUGAGAUACAGAGAGGAUUGUGCAAUGGACAGUGUCUUGAUGGCUGGAUAGAACCAUACUGUCAAAGAAUAUCACGCUAUGACGUAGUAAGAGUAAAUCCAUACCAACCAUCAAUCAUCACAUGUUAUGCUGAGGGUAUUCCACUUCCUGAUGCCUCAUCAGUUGAUCUUCGUCGGCGUAUUGAUACCAACACUUAUAAUACCACAGGAAUCACCAAGCGAUCAAGCUCUGUAGUCGGGUCGGAACGGGCUGUUCUCUUUGAUAUUGAAAAUGUUUAUCCACCAGAAGAUGGAGACUAUGUUUGUGGUCUCAUUAUAGAAAACCAGUUCUACUCAACAAGCAUCACUAAAGCAACUUAUGUUCUUCCUGUCAUAAGUACGGCACCAUCUAUUGUUAGCAGCACUUUAACUACAGUAUCUCUACGAUGGAAUGCCUGGACUGCAGGAGAAGACAUAGGUGAUCCUCCCCUUAUAGGAUAUGAUGUAUUCGUAAGAAAAGGUGGUGACUGGGAACUGGAUCAGAGAGUAGCUGACUCUAGCACUUCAGCUACUGUUAGUAACUUGACUCCUGACACAGACUACAUGUUUCGUGUUGCAGCCGUGAGGGAAGGAGAGGGUGGAAUAGGUCCAUGGUCUCCAUGGAUUUAUGCAAUCACUCUUUGUACAGCACCAAGGUCUCCCCCUGCUGGAAUACAGGUGACAGCCAACGAUCCUAAAGAACUAGAAGUGACAUGGGAGUUCAUCUCUUUGGAAUCAGCAAAUUGCAGGAGUGGUGUGACCCAUUAUAUGAUCUACUAUGCUCUCUCUCGUUCAUCAUCCACAAACUCUCGCAUAGUUCCUAAUGAUACAAGCUCCUAUACGAUUACAGGGUUAGGGACCUAUCUGGACUAUACCAUUCAAAUAAGUGCUUCAAAUAAAGAUGAGGAAAGUGACAAGAGCAGUGAGAUAAUCGGCAGAACACUUGAAGAAGUUGCACCAGCUCCUAUCAACGUGGCCAUACCAAGAAGUACUAAAAUUUCUUUUACUGUGUCGUGGUCCACUCCUCUUCCAUCGAAUGUAAAUGGUCGUAUUCAGAUGUACACCAUUCGCUACAAGCAAAGCGAUCAAGGAGAUGAUGGCGAUUAUAUCAUGGAAAAUGCGUUGACAGAUGCAUUUGAAGCAGAACAUACUGUAACGAAUCUUCUGUAUGGUAUUAACUAUACAGUUCAGGUCCAAACUGUCAAUGGAGCUGGUUCUAGUAAGUGGUCGUACCCAGUCAGAGCUAAGACCAUCCUUACUGGUCAUCACUGUAACGGGGCGCAAGUAGGCACUGUUAUUGCAGGUGUUUCUCUUAUCAUCAUCAUCAUCUUCCUCAUAAUUAUCAAUGUUGUUACCUAUAGGAGGGCCAGACUAAGACAUCCAGUCACCGCAUCGUCAAAAAACACUGCACGUGAGCCAUCCCCAAGGUAUGAGAACCCUGCAUUUGAUGCAUCCAUGCGCACCUGCAAAAACGUGGAUAAAGACACCUACCAAGAUCUCGAUAUCGACACCAGGGACUACCAGAACUCUACUGACCACCACACAUACCAAGGGCUUAAGAAAACCAGCAUCGAUACCUCGCAUCAGAGUGUCAGCCAACCAGAGCCGGAAAUCACCUAUGAAUACAUUUAGAAUCGACUCUAAUGCACAGUUCCACUACCGAAUUACAGAAUGAAGCAAGUGCAAGAAGUAAUGUUUGUGUAUAUCUGUGUGUGUUGGUGGGAGGAUGCGUCUGUGUGUGUUUGUGUGUGGAAGAAACCAAUAAGAGAAUAUCAGUGUCAAUAAUUAAUAAAUGGGUGAGUAUGGGUAUGAAAAAUGAGGAUGUGUGUGAGUAUGGUAUGAUAAAUGAAUAUAAGGGUGUGAGUAUGGUGAGCAGAACUAAUAUGAGGGUGUGGGUGAGUAUGGGUGUGAAGAAUGAAUAUGAGGGCGUGGGUGAGAAAGGGGAUGAAGAAUAGGUAUGAGGGUGUGGGUGAGCAUGAUGAGCAGAAUGAAUAUGGGGGAGUGGGUGAGCAAGGGUGUGAAAAAUGAAUAUGAGAUUGUGGGUGAGUAUGGUGAACAGAAUGAAUAUGAGGGUGUGGGUGGGGAUAGUGAGAAGAAUUAAUAUAGGGGUGUGGGUGAGUAUAGGUGUGAAGACUGAGGAUGUUUGUGAAUAUAGUAUGAUGAAUCAUGAGGGUGUAAAUGAUUGUGUGGGUGAGUAUAGGCGUGACUAAUGAAUAUAAGGAUGUGGGUGGGUAUCGGUGGGAAGUAUAAAAUGAGGGAGUGGCAGUGGCGUAACAGGCCGGGGGGCAAGCUGCCACCCUGGCGGAUUUCACCGGGAAAAUAAAAAAACGGGAAAAAAGGAAAAGGGGGAAAGAGAGAAAAAGAGGAAAGAGAAAAGGGAAAAGGAAAGUGAAACAAUUAAAAGAAAGUGAAAGAAAAAAAAAACCUAAAUAGGGAAAAUGGAAGGAAAGCGGGAAAAGGAAAGAAGAAUACGUGAGGAAGUACAAAUAUCCUUAAAUACUAAUACAUUAGCAUGAUUAGCAAUAGAGGGAUAUGAAAUCAAAAGAUAUUACUCAAUGGCACGGGCAAAAAUGGCGGUAAAAUGGGAGAAAGAGGCAGAAAGAAACGGGAAAUGAAGGUAGAACCAAAAGCUUAAUUGGAAAUUGGAAAUAUAGAAAAUAUAAUAAAAGAAUAACUUAAUAACAAGAGCGGGUUGCCGAGGAUUGAAAAAUAUAAAGAACGGGAAAAAAGGUGGAUGGCGUCUAUUAUAAGCUUGCUAAAUUUUAUGCAAUAAUGAUCACAAUCAGCACAAACCCGGGGAAAAUCCUUAGCCAAAGUAGGGUUAUCCAAGGGCUAGUUAUAUCUCCCGAUAUUAUGUCCUAAACCUAAGUAAAGCUUUGCGCUGGCUAGAUUUACCGUAAAAAGCCUGUUUACUUUGGCUAAAUUUCCAAAGCCACUAUCAAAUGAGUAGAAAUCAAUCAUUUCUAAAGGCUAAUUUUUUUAGCUCGCUUCGCUCGCUGGCGACUUUUACAAAUUUAUCCACAUUUUGCCAUGUUGUGCUGCCUCAAAAUAUCUAGUUUAUGAUCCGCAACUGCGUUGAGGUUAAUAUGUGUUGUGUAUGUACCCGUGAUUUUAUAAAACAGUGACCAUCUGCAAUGUUUAAAAAUAUCACGGGGUUCCGGGGGCUCCGCCCCAGACCAGUGGCGGCACCAAGGGGGGGGGGGGCACGGAAGGCAUUUACCCCCAGUGAGUUGGCCCCACCCCCGAAAUUUUGAAAAAUAAAAAAAUGUAUAGUAAAUGUUGUCAUUAGCAUUCUACUAAAGGUGCAAAGUGCUCCAAAACAGCUUUUUCGUUCCUUAAAUUUUGAAAUUUUUCUCAUCCAUUCACUGAUAGCUCCCAAUAAUGUCACUAAAUCUAUCAGGUCAUUAUAUAAAAUUAUACACGCUCGCAGUGGCUGUUGACUGAGAUAAGUAAAUUAUCUGUUCAAAUGGGGCUUAAAAUCAAAUUUUCAAGUCAAUAUGCUUCUCGCAAUUAGAGUUUUCAUUAUUCGUUUUAGCGAGAUACGCUUCCUGCCUACUUAUGAUUUCCAUAAAUAAAAAAAAUUCAGCUCGCGCUACGCGCUCGCAUUAAAAGUUUAAUUAGAUAGCCAUCCAGUUCAUGAUUACAAGAAGUGCUUAUAGAACGUCCAGCUAUCAUCUCAGGAUGUCAAAAAUUUUCAGCUCGGGCUCCGUGCUCGCAUUAUUUAUUUGGAGAGAUACCAUCUCCAUGGCCCAAUGCAAAAAGCUAGUUAGUAACAGGUCUAUUUUUCAUGUCAGUAGGGUCUACAUUAAAAAAAUAAUAGCUCGCGCAUCUUGCUCGAUUUUGAGAAAUUGGCAAAUAUUUGUGUGUUUACCCGCCCCCAAAUGUUCUUUUGUGUCCCCCGAGGUUGAAAAUCCUGGGGCCGCCAUUGCUCCGGACCUGAUCCGCAAAGCACUGGCCCUCGAAAAUUC